ACCCAGCCGGAGCAAGCGGCCGCCACCUGCCUCGCGCCGCCACGGCCCGCCCCCACCGCGGCCCAACUUGGAUGGAGUUGGGGUCCUGAGCGCCUGCCCCUCGCAGCCAGCCAGCUGAGAGCCCCGCACCGCCGCCUCUGGUCCGGGACCCCUUCUCCACUCCUCUCCGCUCCCGCGAUGGGAAAAGUUGGCGCCGCCGGCGGCUGCCCAGCCGGGCUGAGCGCGCUCCUCGCGGGCGCGGGGCUCUUGGUCCUCUGCGCCCCGGGCUCCUGCGGCGGCGGCUCCUGUUGUCCCCCGCGGCAUCCCAGCGCGGCUCCACGCUGGGCUCCGACCCCAGGGGGGCUUCCUCACGGGGGACCGCGAGGCAGAGCUCCUGCUGCGCCCCUGCCCCAACUCGGAAGACCCCUGUUCGCAGUGGCCCCCGGAGACCGAGCGCUGUCCCUGGAGCGGGCCCCGGGCACGGGGGCGUCGGUGGCGGUCGCUCCACGCUCUGGCCGGAAGAGACGGAGUGGAGAGGAUCAAGAGCAGGCUGAGCGAGGAGAGGGGACGAGUAGAAACCCUCGGGGAGUGCCAAGGGACGGAGGGCAGCAGGAGCCUGGGGCUCUGGAGCGGGACCCGGACAAAGCCACUCGCUUCCGGCUGGAGGAGCUGAGACUGACCAGCACCACGUUCGCGCUGACGGGCGACUCGGCACACAACCAAGCCAUGGUCCACUGGUCUGGCCACAACAGCAGCGUGAUUCUCAUUUUGACAAAGCUGUAUGACUAUAACCUGGGGAGCAUCACGGAGAGCUCGCUUUGGAGGUCAACUGAUUAUGGGACAACCUAUGAGAAGCUGAAUGAUAAAGUUGGGUUGAAAACGAUUUUAAGCUAUCUCUACGUGUGUCCUACCAACAAGCGUAAGAUUAUGUUGCUCACAGACCCAGAGAUUGAGAGCAGUUUACUGAUCAGCUCGGACGAAGGGGCAACCUAUCAAAAAUACCGGCUGAACUUUUACAUCCAGAGCUUACUUUUCCACCCCAAACAAGAGGACUGGAUUCUGGCAUACAGCCAAGACCAAAAGUUAUACAGCUCUGCUGAAUUUGGGAGAAGGUGGCAGCUUAUCCAGGAAGCGGUUGUACCAAACAGAUUCUACUGGUCUGUGAUGGGGUCGAACAAGGAACCGGACCUUAUACAUCUAGAGGCCAGAACUGUGGAUGGUCAUUCACAGUACCUAACCUGCCGAAUGCAGAACUGCACAGAGGCCAACAGAAAUAAACCUUUCCCAGGCUACAUCGACCCAGACUCUCUGAUUGUCCAGGAUGAUUACGUGUUUGUUCAGCUGACAUCAGGGGGCCGGCCACAUUACUACGUGUCCUACCGAAGGAAUGCCUUUGCCCAGAUGAAGCUCCCCAAGUAUGCUUUGCCCAAGGACAUGCAUGUCAUCAGCACCGAUGAGAACCAGGUGUUCGCAGCGGUCCAGGAGUGGAACCAGAACGACACGUACAACCUGUACAUCUCAGACACACGUGGAGUCUACUUCACCCUGGCCUUAGAGAACGUCCAGAGCAGCAGAGGGCCUGAAGGCAACGUCAUGAUUGACCUCUAUGAGGUAGCAGGGAUAAAGGGAAUGUUCUUGGCUAACAAGAAGACUGACAACCAGGUCAAGACUUUCAUCACAUACAACAAAGGCAGAGACUGGCGUUUGCUGCAGGCUCCGGACACAGACCUACGGGGGGACCCUGUGCACUGCUUGCUGCCCUAUUGCUCCCUACACCUUCACCUUAAGGUCUCUGAGAAUCCCUACACAUCAGGGAUCAUCGCCAGCCGAGACACAGCCCCCAGCAUCAUAGUGGCUUCAGGUAAUAUAGGUUCUGAGUUGUCAGACAGUGACAUCAGCAUGUUUGUCUCUUCAGAUGCGGGAAACACUUGGAGGCAGAUAUUUGAAGAAGAGCACAGUGUUUUGUAUCUGGAUCAAGGUGGAGUCCUGGUCGCUAUGAAGCACACAUCACUCCCAAUUCGACAUCUCUGGUUGAGUUUUGAUGAAGGGAGGUCUUGGAGCAAAUACAGUUUCACAUCUAUUCCCCUUUUUGUGGAUGGGGUUCUAGGUGAACCUGGGGAAGAGACUCUCAUCAUGACAGUGUUUGGACACUUCAGUCACCGCUCCGAAUGGCAGCUGGUCAAAGUGGACUACAAGUCCAUUUUCGAUAGACGCUGUGCCGAGGAGGACUACAGACCCUGGCAGCUACACAGCCAGGGGGAAGCAUGCAUCAUGGGAGCGAAGAGGAUAUAUAAGAAGAGAAAAUCCGAGCGGAAAUGCAUGCAGGGAAAAUAUGCAGGAGCCAUGGAGUCUGAGCCCUGUGUCUGCACAGAGGCUGAUUUUGACUGUGACUAUGGUUAUGAACGACACAGCAACGGUCAGUGCCUGCCGGCCUUUUGGUUCAAUCCAUCCUCUCUGUCGAAGGACUGCAGCUUGGGGCAGAGUUACCUCAAUAGUACUGGGUAUAGAAAGGUGGUUUCCAAUAACUGCACCGAUGGAGUGAGAGAACAGUACACAGCCAAGCCACAGAAGUGCCCAGGGAAGGCCCCCCGGGGGCUCCGGAUCGUCACCGCUGAUGGAAAGCUGACGGCGGAACAAGGACACAACGUUACUCUCAUGGUGCAGCUGGAAGAGGGUGACGUCCAGAGGACACUCAUCCAGGUGGACUUCGGGGAUGGCAUCGCAGUGUCUUAUGUCAACCUCAGCUCCAUGGAAGAUGGAAUCAAACACGUCUAUCACAAUGUGGGCAUUUUCCGAGUGACCGUGCAGGUGGACAACAGUCUGGGGUCUGACAGCGCCGUCCUGUACUUACAUGUAACUUGUCCCCUGGAGCAUGUCCACCUGUCUCUUCCCUUUGUCACCACGAAGAACAAAGAGGUCAACGCAACCGCCGUGCUGUGGCCCAGCCAGGUGGGCACCCUGACCUACGUGUGGUGGUACGGAAACAACACCGAGCCCCUGAUCACCUUAGAGGGAAGCAUAGCAUUCAAGUUUACUUCUGAAGGGAUGAACACCAUCACAGUGCAGGUCUCAGCUGGGAAUGCCAUCCUGCAAGACACAAAGACCAUCGCAGUGUAUGAGGAAUUCCGAUCUCUUCGCCUGUCCUUUUCUCCAAACCUGGACGAUUACAACCCAGACAUCCCUGAGUGGAGGAGAGACGUCAGCCGAGUCAUCAAAAAGGCCUUGGUGGAGGCCACCGGGGUUCCGGGCCAGCACAUCUUGGUGGCAGUGCUGCCUGGCCUGCCCACCGCUGCCGAGCUCUUUGUCUUACCCCAUCAGGAUCCCACAGGAGAAAACAAAAGGUCAGCCGAGGACCUGGAGCAGAUAUCAGAACUGCUGAUUCACAAGCUCAACCAAAACUCCGUGCACUUUGAGCUGAAGCCAGGGGUCCAAGUCCUUGUCCACGCAGCCCACUUAACAGCAGCCCCGCUGGUGGACCUCACUCCAGCCCACAGCGGCUCCGCCAUGCUGAUGCUGCUGUCCGUGGUGUUUGUGGGGCUGGCGGUGUUCGUCAUCUACAAGUUCAAAAGGAAGAUCCCGGGGAUUAAUGUUUAUGCCCAGAUGCAGAAUGAGAAAGAACGAGAGAUGGUCAGUCGAGUCAGUCACCCUGAAAGCAGGCCCUAUGUCCCUCAGACUGAACUCAGGCGGCCUGGCCAGCUGAUAGAUGAGAAGGUGGAGUCCCAGCUCAUAGGAGAGUAGCUUUACCUUCCCCUCCCUCCCCUUCUGCUCAACCUGGUGACUCAUCUCUCCGAUUGCAAAGAGCAAGACACUCCACUCCACCUUCAACGCCAAAGCGGGGAUCGGCUGGGGCCCAGUUUGCCAUUUAAGGAAAACCCCCAAAGGCUACAGGCGACCUGCUGAUCAGGAAAGAAUUUCGCUCUUGUCAAGUGCAUCCUUCUCCAUGACCACUAACUUUGUGUUUUUUUUUUUUUUCCCCCUUUGUUGUUCUGUUUCCUAUCUUGCCAGGAAGUAUUUCCAUAGUUGCUGAGAAUCAAAGCACAAAAGAAAUCCCUACCUAUGUAAAUGUUUGACUGGAGGACGCCAGUAAAAACAAAAACAAACAUAAAAUAAAAACAAUCAAAAUCCAAACAGACAAACAAACACUCACUGCAUCGGGACUUUUUAAUUCUUCAGACACAACAAGGGUUUUUAGCUUUAAGCCUGUGCAUGUGGACAGUACCUUGAGAACAUACUUGGAGGGGCAGUGUAUAGGUGCUCUAUUUUAAUGGAAAAAAACACUCCCCUCCCCCUUUCUUCUUCUCUCUCUUUUUUUCUGAUCGGUCGUGUUUGUAGAAAAUUCCUAACAUAUAUAGGCCAAGGAAAUCUGCAUGUAUUUUUGGAAAUAUUCUUGGCUCUAGAUUUAACAACUCUUUUAGCACUAUAGGCUGAUGGGUGGAUUAGCCACCCCGGCUCUUUUCACAAGACACAAAGACAUGCACAGGAGUUCAAAACCCUGAGCUGUUUCUCUGUUCCACUUUCCUGGUUGCUAUUUUCCCCAUCUAAGUUAUCUUGGGGAGCUCUGUUGGCUGACAGUGGUCACAAGGUGGCCUUCUCCAUUCUGAGUGGCCGUAGGGACAAAGAAGCAACCGCAGGUUCCAUGGAUGCAGGCAGAAUAGGGAAGGAAGGAAGGGAAGAAAGAAAGCAGGAGGCAAGCGUGUCAAAAGUGGACCUGGGUUUCCCGUUCCCCCUUCCAAUCAUGAUGACUUCUCCUCUAGCUUUCCCGACUCCUGCCCUGUAUAGGAAACAGGAUGCCAGCUAGCCAUGUUCUGACCUUCCCAUUUGUCUGCUCUCCACGUGUGGUCCCGACCUGUCAAUACCUUUGUAUCUCUUCCUUCCAGUCCCCAACUUAUCCUACAACGGCUCCUGCCUUUUCUUCCCAAACACGUUGCUAGAUUCUGGACUUUCAUCCUGAUGUUCCUUAAAAACUGACCUCGCCUCUGCCAACCCUGCCUCCACCACCCAAAGUUUCUGAUCUCUGUGUCAGCUUUGCACAUGCCCAUGCAUGCAGCCUCCAUAUACAUCCUGCCCUGCAGGGGUCAGCUUCACGUUUUUUUUGCUUUUUUGUCUCCUCCUGUAGAACCUGUCUUUUCUAAAUAUCCUCGCCUUUCCCCACCUGGAAACACAUGAUGUGUAUGAAAGAGUUGAGAUAUGCAAAGCAAUUCAAACCUGGCCCAUGUACCUUAGAAAAGAAAGUGUACGAAUGAAUGGUGGUUUUUCCUCACAACUUAACAAAUAUCUCCUGCAGUCAGAUUCCAGAAGAUUCUUGUGAGAAAUGUUCUGCAUGUGUUACUGUGUGGCAGGGCAAUUUCCUCCUGUGAUGGUUGCUAUUACCCAGUAUUUCUUCUCUUACAGUAGAGUGAAAUUAUUUGUAAAAUAAAACCAAUGUUAAGCAGAAGAAGAACCUAGUUAAUGGAUUUAAUGUUUAAGAGUGUCAAAAAGUCCAAGAAUAUAUGGAGGUCUUGUCAUAUUGGGAUGGGAUUGUGAUUACGUAGGAUGACCCUAGACUUCUUACAUGUGUGCUCUCUGCCCGGUGAGUCUCAUAGUAUCAGCAGAGGACAAUUUAAUAAGUGUAAAGGGGUGGAGUUAGCAGACUCAAGAAGAUUGGCUCAAAGCAGGAAGAAAUCCCCGUUCUCCCAGGGCCAUCAGGAAAGAAGGUCCAGAGAAAGUGGGAAACAAAAGUAUGUCUAACAGCAGCCCUUGGAGUAUUAUGUAUUGGAUAGAGCCUGCUCUAAAAUAUAAGAGAAAGGACAAGGGCAGUAUCCUAGAGAUCCUGAUGACCCCUGCCUUUGUGUAGCUCAAGUAGAGAAGAGUAGCAAAGCUUCACUCAGAAGUUAAUCAAGCAGAAGAGUUUAUGGUUGAAGAUGCUUGGUAUGAAUCUGGGAAAUAGAUUAUGCCUGAGGCUGCCAUCUAUUUGUAGAACUCAAUUGAUCCCCACCAACCUGCCAGGCUUCCUAUCACACAGGAAAUGUCUUCACUGAUCCUCUUCAGUUGGAGCCUCCCAAAUUUAAUCUGGAAGACAGUGUUUGGAAACCAAACGAGGCUCAUUCACAACAGAACAGGGCGUCAUCAGAGUUGCAAUUCAAUUAAUUUUAAUUGGAAAACUAUGAAAAAGGAAGUAAUACUCAAUCUAGCACAGUGCCUUGCUUAGAACAGGUAUUAAGAAAAUUGUAUGUUGCAAGAAUAAAUGAAUACAGGAGAAGACAUAGGGAAGAAUGGGCUUGUAAGUCCUCAUCUAAAACAGAGGUAGAGAUGAGAUGCCUGGUAUUUUGGAAAGUGAUCACAGAUGGCCAGUUCUAGGUUCAGCAUCUCCAAGGUCCUCAUGUUCCUCUCCUUAGAGCUCCCUCCCACCUACAGGAGGCUGGUGAGGCAAAGUAUAUUGCUCAGAGGGGAUCUUAUGGUUCAUAUGAUCUAGCUCCAUGGUUCUCAAAGUGUCAUACACAGAGACCAGCAGUAUCAGUGUCACCUUGGACUUGUUAGAAAUGUAGAUUUUAUGUCCCCUUAACCUCAGACUUACUGAAUUAGAAACUGCAGAGUUGGGGCCCAGAAGACUGUUUUUACGAGCUUUUCAAGUGGUUCUGAAAUACACUAAAGUUUGAGAACCAUCGUGGGAGGCCACACCAGCUCAAUCCCAAAGAGAAGGUAGUGAUGAGAGCCUGCCAAUGGGAGGAACCCAAGUGCCUACCUACUCACUAACAGCAGGUACAAACACAUUGAGGAGUUUGGUGGGCUCAAGGCCAGAAGAAUGGGUGGGGAGGGAUGGAUGGGAAAGGUAAGAUUCAGGGCAAACUGCAAAUCUUAUAUUGAAGCAUUUUCCAAAAUCCCAGAGGGCAAACUGUGCAUGCUCCACUCUGAACUACCCAACCAACGUUUCCUCCUUUGCCUUAUUUUUAAUUGGAUUCACUCUCCAAAAUGCAGAGUUUGCUUUGCUUUUUUUCAGAAGUUCCAAACAGCAACUUUGAGAGCAAUGGGGUGCUUGGCAGCUGUUCUGUGUUUUCCAGGAUUCCAACUGAGCAUUGAAAUUCCCUCAUUUGCCAACUUAUUUUUAUAGGAAGCCAAUU